AUGACGGACGUCAGGACUAGCGAGCUAGGAGAACACAGCCGCAUCACACCUGUACAGGCGGGCUUUGGCAACCGUGAGGCCGUGCAGCAAUCCCCGGACGCGGGAGGCAGCCGCUGUCGCGUAAGGUCUCGCCUCACGCCGUCCUUGCCGUCCAAGGCAGGGGCGAUGUGGUACUCGCUGCCCGUGCCCGUAACGCGAGGCUUUGAGACCCUCUUCACCUUUCAGAUAACUGAUCACAGCCGAAUGUGCACGGAGCACACCGACCCGCUCUUCAGCCGGCGUCUGCACUCGACCUGCAGCGUUCGAGGAGGGGAUGGCCUCGCGUUUGUGGUGCACCGCGACCCCGCGGAGGCCGAGGCGGUGGGGGGGGCGGGGGCCGACAUGGGGUACGGAGGGCUGAGGGACUCCCUGGCGGUGGAGCUCGAUCACCGCUACAACCCGGGGGCCGACAGCGGCGACCUGGUCUACGACCACGUCGGGGUGCACUCGGGCGGACCAGGCGGCGACAACUCCGCGCUGACGUCGGCAGAGCUAGCCCCACCCGUGGCGUGGGAUCUAGCCGACGGCGAGCACCACUUGGUCAAGGUCAAGUACUUCCCACGGGUGGCCACCGAGUACCUCAACCACUUCGCCGCAACGUCGAAGCUGGUUCCUUUUCUCAAGGACAACGGAGAGGGGCGGCGGCUAGGUACCCUGGUGGUGUGGCUGGACGACGGCAUCGCGAGCGACGAGCCGCUCUUAGCGGUGCCGCUGAACCUCAGCGUCCUGCUGGAUCUACCGCAAGAUCAGGCCUACGUCGGUUUCACGGCGGGCACCGGGAGAUCUUGGGCAAAGCACGACGUGCUUUCGUGGUACUGGUGCCACAACGACGGGGGGGACGGGCUGCUGCAGAGAGGUGGCGGAGGCGGCGGAACCAACGACGAUUCGGAGGGCGAAUCCUGGGACGGAUGCGGGGAGACUGCGGGCUUUUCGGCCUUCAGCUACGGCCAGUCGAGCGAGUACCACUCGGACUCGAGACUGACCCAGCACGAAGCACAACUGCUGGGAGGCGGCUACGGAGGGGGUGGGGCGGGGGACGAGGCAACCACUGUCGUGGCAGCGUCUAAAGGCUACUGGGCCGGGGGGGAGUGGGUAGGAGGGGACAGGGGACAGCAGGUUCCUCCCGCCACCGAAAACUGA